AUGUCAUGGCCUCGAGCUAGACUAGCAGCCUCCGUCGUGCAGCGAAUCGGUACUGCGAGGCUUUGCGGCGAGCAGAGAGCCAGAGAGACGACGUCUUACACGACAUGCCUGUUGCAGACAUACACUUUCGGCCACGCACCCGAAAUAGUCACUCGCCUUGCCGCAUGCGGCCCUAGCGCUGCACAGCCCGCCGCAACGCCAAAAGCCGCCUUUUCACACCUCUCACACCACCACUCUCUCUUCAGCCCCCACCCCACGCCCGACUCCGACGACGACUAUGGAUGGACUGUACCUGCGAGACUACGGCUGCGUCUGUCAUCUGCUGCUGCUAGUAUUCGCAUUUGCUAUUCCAAGUCGCGGUGA